CGACGCUUGGCACCGUUUGACUUCCUGUCUGCUGAGGCGAGGAUUUUCGACCUCCCUGGUGUCCAAGACGCGAACGUUAUAAACACAAAUUCGUACAUUUAUAGCUAUCAAGCGCCGCUGUGCACGAGAUGGGAACGCGAGACGACGAGUAUGACUACUUGUUUAAAGUUGUGCUGAUCGGAGACUCCGGCGUGGGGAAGAGCAACCUGCUGUCCCGUUUCACGCGCAAUGAGUUCAAUUUGGAGAGCAAGAGCACCAUUGGCGUUGAGUUCGCCACUCGCAGCAUCCAGGUGGAUGGCAAGACGAUAAAGGCUCAAAUCUGGGACACGGCCGGACAGGAGCGCUACAGAGCCAUCACCUCGGCGUACUACCGGGGCGCAGUGGGGGCGCUGCUGGUUUACGACAUUGCCAAGCACCUGACCUAUGAGAAUGUGGAGCGCUGGCUGAAGGAGCUGCGAGACCACGCUGACAACAACAUAGUCAUCAUGCUAGUGGGCAAUAAGAGUGACCUGCGGCACCUGAGGGCGGUGCCCACUGAUGAAGCGCGAGCAUUCGCAGAGAAGAAUAAUUUGUCGUUUAUUGAGACCUCUGCACUGGACUCGACCAAUGUAGAAGAGGCUUUCAAGAACAUCCUCACAGAGAUCUACCGCAUCGUGUCACAGAAGCAGAUCGCUGACCGGUCAGGCCACGACGAGUCUCCCGGCAACAACGUGGUGGACAUCAGCGUACCGCCAACCACAGAUGGACAGAGAGGCAACAAACUGCAGUGCUGCCAGAACCUGUGACCCGUGACCCGUGACCCCACGCACUUCCUGCACCCAAAGCAGCCCCACCCGUUCCUUCCUGAUUCUUAUGUUCCUCCCACCCUUUGUUUGACUUUGCAUAUUAAGGUUCCCCUCUCAUGGAUGUACUACAUUAAUAACAUUCCGCAACCAUAUUUACAUUGUCUUUUUCUUAAACAUUCAUUUCCCAAUCAUCAUGACUAGAUAGAGAUUGUGGAAAAUUUAAAUUUGAGAAAUUGAACACUCGCAUGAUGUUUUUGUCUAGAGAUUGGAUAGGUCUCUGUUAGAAGGUAAUGGCUACACUAUUGUUGCUUGUGUUUACUGUUUAUAACAGAAAAAACAUGUUGGCGUAAAUGCACAUUUCAGAACGUCUCCAGAAUUUUCCCCAAUUGUACAAGAGAUUUUGGUGUCUGGACCUUCAAAAUUAAAACUGGAGCAUUUAUUAUUUUACUGUCUUCUCAACAACCUAUCAGAACAGCAUUUCAGAGCUUCCCAAAGUAGGUUGUGCUUCAGGCAAUAGUCAAGAAUAACAGGAGAACAUUCCUUUAUUGGCUUUUUGGGAAGUUAAGCACAUUGGGAGGGAGCAGAGCUGGGCCGCCUUUGCUCUGACAAAUACCAUAGUGUGAUCGCAUCCGUUGGGGCUGUUUCUCUGAGGCCAGCUUGAUUAAACUAGUGGAAGAAACAAUCUUGUUUCCCUAACCAGUGUGUAGAGUUGAGCAGUGAUUUACAGAACUUGUAUAAUGGUUUCUUGUGUGUAAAGCUGAUCAGGUAAACGAUGAGGCACCCAGGCGCCUGGGAGCGGCACUCUGUCAGCUACUAAGCUGCAGAUGCUCGUAGAUGUACUGGUGCCAUCUUUACGUGUGAUUCACCUGGGCAUGAAAGUGGGCUUGGAAAAGAAAUGUGGAGGACUGCUUAUCCAGAAUUAGGCUGACCAUGAAGGUGUUCUGGUGUCAGUAGAUGUCUUUAAUGAUGAACCCACUGACCUUUCUGCCAGAAGGCCUCAAAUGUGGUAUGUGUAGCUUGAAUAAACAUGGCUUCUCCUUGACACAAGCAGUUUGCUGGGAUUUACAGUUUCUUCUUGUACUCUAUUUUUCUUGUCCCAUGCAUGUACAUGUAAUCUGAAACCUGCUGUUGACAAAGCUCUUAACCGGUCUUGUGUAUUGAUCAAGCGCUUGUCUACAAGAGUGAGAGACCAGCUUUGUAGUGCUGCAUUAGCAAGUCUGCCCUUACUGUGUGUUGCUUCUGGGGGAACAUGGAGCUACACUCAGACGCCUCAUGGAUGUGUGCUUGUAGUCAGGCUCCGUCGCGGUGCUCGUCUUAGCAUUCGGAACCACACGCAGACGAAGGAGCUCAAACACUUCUGCUCUGGGACUUGAAGCAACAGUGCAGAACUGAUCUCUGUGCUGUGGAAGUGUGCAUUUUACUGCAUAUCCAGUGACCUAACGUAGAAUGUUAAUUAAUGUCUUUGCAAGUGCUAUAUACUGGUGACAUUACACUCAUCACUGUGGGCCACUGUGUGUCCAGCUGCUCCUCUGGACUCUUUGUAUUACCCUAUACUCUGAGCUGAAUGUAUUAAAGCUGCGCUUUGUGUGUAGUUACACCUUGGCACAGAAAUGCAUGGAAAUAUAUAAACAGUUGAUUUAAUUGCAACAAACUUUAUUGGGCACAGUUGGGUCAAGCUUUCCAGUAAUUUAUCUGAUAAAGUUACAAAUACUAUUUAAGGCUUCAAGUUGUACUAAACUAAGUCAGGGAAUGUGUUCUGAUGUACUGAACGUUGGCAUAAGACCUAUAAACUUCGUGUGCUCUAAUGAAUGAAAGCAAAUUAAUUUUAAUUCAUGUUCUCAUUGCAGCUGCAUAUUCAAUAACUGCCUUUUCCAUAGCGGUCCCUUUUUUUUUUUUUUUUUUUUUAAAGUCCAAGAUGAUAUGCAUGUAGGAAAGUUGGUAUUUGCGUCAAUGGCCACCAGGAGUUACACGGGACACUACCUCGUUGUAAGAGGCCACUUGAAAGGUCACUGCAAUGUAAUGUCCAGUUACCACAGGGAACGUGGUGGGAAAAGGGUCAGUACGCAAGUGUCGAGUUACCGCUUUCGUUCUGCCCUUCGGCCUUCUGCCGUACGAUGCUCAGCCGUUCAGUUAUCAGGUGAAACACAAACGCAUACAGUAUACUUUUUGUCCCCUGUAAAACCCAACCUUAGCAGGUGUAUCGUACACAGUAUGAGCCCAUUCACUGAGCUCUGCUGCAGGUCGAGCGGCACUUUUCAGGCAGGGCCUGCUCGCUCGCUCACUCAUUUCUACUCUUACUUUUGUCCAUCUUAUGUACAGUACAUACUUUGGAGCAUAGACUUUUGGGGCAGCGAACUGCGCUUAGUCCACACAGGCUGCACACACAGCGUUCAGGUGCACUUGUUGAAAUUGCCCUGCUUUUUCCACACCACUACUUAAUUUGUGCUUAUAUAAAUGAUUUGUGUCAUAUUCACAGUGCAAAGUAUUGUGCUUCAGCAACUUCUAUAUUUUUGUUACUUGCUUUGUUAAUAUAUGCGUAACCCUUUGUGCGCAGUUGGUAUGUAUCGUGGGAAAAAUACAAACAGAAAGAAAUCACUGCAGUGUCUUGUCUGCUUCUUUCAAAGUACACUAACCGUUCCUAUAGUGGUACUAAUAGGUAG